UUUCUGGUCCGUCCUCGCACGUUGGCUCACACAGAAAGCAGUCCCGAGAGGAGCUCCCACAACUGUGCACCAGUAUAUCGUAGCAGCGGCAGCACCUAUUCGAUCUUGUCGAGUUUUGCUCAAAGUGCUGCGUGGGAGAUUUGCAUAUGAGCGGCGGCACGUGAGGUGGAGAGUUGAUCGAACAGAAAGCAUCUUUAUAUGGAGUCGCGCAAAGAAAUGAGUGAGGUGAUGGUGUCGAAUACUUAAGGUAAGUGUGGUUGCCGACGUUGCGCUGCAG